AUGUUGGCAGUUGUUGGUGGCAGUAAUGAUGUUUAUGAUGAUGUUGGUUUUAUUGCAGGAAUAUCCCAUUUACUUGCAUGUCUUUUACCUUUUCUUUUGAUAUACUUUGUUGCUGUUGAAGAACUAACAACAAAUGCUAAAUUGUGA